AGUAAAGUUCAAUGGUGUUUCUGGAGCUAAAUUUUCCUUGACAAAAUGACUCUUGGAAAAGCUUUUCGUGUAUACCAUCGAGUUAAUGUUGAUAUCGAGCAUCCCUACUACGUUAUUUUAGAGCAGAGGAAUAAAAAUGAAGCUCUUCUGUUCCAGAGCGGAAUGAUCCGCUUGCUAAACUCACAGGAAACUGAUAAUUAUAAAAAGAGUUGCAGCAGACUUCCAGAUGCUUAUGGGUGUUUAGGAAUCUUGCCAUUAUAUCAAGGUGAAACUGCAGUUCUUUACUUAGUCUUAGUAAGCAGUUGUUUAUCUGUUGGGAAAGUCUUAAGCAGUGAGAUAUUUCGAGUUACAGAGACUAAUUUCAUUUCUUUGAGAAACAAUGCUUCAGACAUCGAAAGAAUACAAGAAGUGAAGAAGGUAUUAAACUCUGGAACAUUUUAUUUUUCUUGGUCUUCUGUGGAUAAGCCUCUAGAUUUGACGUUAUGUGAGCAACGAGCUAGUUUUACGAAUGAAUCUGAUAAUCGCUUCUUUUGGAACAGAACUAUGCAUAUAAGCUUCAUUAGAGAUGGCAUUGCUUGUGAAGAUUGGUUACUUAAAGUUGUUUGUGGUGGAAUUGAAAUUCGCACUAUAUAUGUUGGUCAUCUUCAAGCUCGUGGUUGUAUAUUUUCAAGGCUUAGCUCAGAACGUGCUGGAACUCGAUUCAAUGUCCGAGGCACAAAUGAUGAGGGCUGUGUUGCAAAUUUUGUUGAAACAGAACAAGUUAUCUAUCUGGACAAUAAAAUUUGCUCGUAUGUGCAGAUUAGAGGCUCUGUACCAUUAUUCUGGGAACAACCUGGACUACAAGUGGGUUCUCAUAAAGUUAAACUGUCGAGAGGAAGUGAAGCUUCAGCUCCGGCAUUUGACAGGCAUUUAACCCAAAUAGUUGACCGCUAUGGUGAUCAAGUUCUUGUCAACUUACUUGGAUCUAAAGAAAGUGAAGCAAUGGUUAGUCAGAUGUUUCAAAACCAUCAUAGAGCUUCAAGAUACAGUAAAAGAAUUCCAUACAUAGCAUUUGAUUAUCACGCUCAGUGUCGAGGUGGGCAUCAAGAAAAUUUAAGUAAUCUCAAAAGAAAGAUAUCAAAUCAAUUGGACAGUUUUGGAUAUUUUUUCAAAGAUGUGGAUGAAAUCCAAAAGUGUCAAACUGGAACAUUUCGUACAAACUGUUUAGAUUGCUUGGAUAGAACUAAUAGUGUACAAACAUUUAUUGGGCUUGAAAUUUUAAAGCAACAGCUCUCUGUUUUGGGAAUUUCUGAGCAGCCUCAGAUUACGUCAAGAUUUAGUGAAGUAUUUAAGCAAAUGUGGAUUCAAAAUGGAGAUCAGGUCAGCAAAAUGUAUGCUGGCACUGGUGCUUUGGAGGGAAGGUCAAAGUUACGAGAUGGCUCUCGCUCUGUUGUCAGAACGAUACAAAACAAUCUGCUUGAUAGCAGUAAGCAAGAAGCUAUAGAUAUUUUAUUGCUUGGCAGUGCUUUAUAUAAUGAAAUAGCUGACUAUGCCCGAGCUAUUCUUCCUCCCAGCAUGCUGAGUUUUCCUACUAAUUUUCUCGAAACAUUAUGCCGGAGAAAGAAAGAAUUUACAUAUCCAUCAAAAGUAAGGCUUGCUGUUGCUACAUGGAAUGUCAAUGGAGGAAAACAUUUCAACAGUAUCGUCUUUAAACAUCAGUCAAUGACGGAAUGGUUACUAGAUUGUCCUAAAUUAUCAAGUGCUAAUGCUGUUUUAGAUUUACAUGAAGGAGAUAGUGCCAUUGACAUUUUUGCGAUUGGAUUUGAAGAAAUAGUUGACUUGAAUGCAAGCAAUAUAGUUUCAGCCAGUUCUCAAAACCAAAAAGAAUGGAUGGCUGAACUUCAAAAAACUAUUUCGCGGGAUAAUAAAUAUAUCUACAUUACUUCUACUCAAUUAGUUGGUGUAUGCCUUUUCUUGUUUGCCCUACCAAAGCAUGCUCCUUAUAUUCGAGAUGUUGCUACUGAUAUUGUGAAAACUGGUUUAGGUGGAGCUGCUGGAAAUAAAGGUGGUGUUGGCAUUCGCAUGACUUUAUACAACACACCAAUGUGUUUUGUAUGUGCUCAUCUUACUGCAGGUCAAUCACAAAUUUCUGAAAGAAAUGCUGACUUCCAUGAAAUAUCCAGAAAGUUAUCCUUUCCAAUGGGGAGAGUACUUGAUUCUCAUGAGUUUGUAUUUUUUUGUGGUGAUUUUAACUAUCGAAUAGAUUUGCCACACGAUGAAGUAAAAAAGCUAGUCAAAGAGAAAAAUUUUGAUGUUCUUCUGAAAGCUGACCAACUGAAGAAUCAGCAACAGGCGGGUCAGGUUUUUAAAGAUUUCAUAGAAGCACCCAUAUGUUUCCCACCUACAUAUAAAUAUGAUAUCUUCUCUGAUGAUUAUGAUACAAGUGAGAAAUCCAGAAUUCCUUCUUGGACUGACCGAGUUCUGUUCAGAAGAAAAAUAUUCUUAACUGAGAUGGAUUCUCCUGGAAGUAUUGUGUUUUAUGGUAGAGCAGAAUUGAAAACAUCAGAUCAUAGACCUGUCAUUGCUCACAUUGACGUAAAUAUUCUUCGUAUUAAUGAGCUUAAACGACUUGAAGUUUUUCAAGAGUUGAUAUCAUCUGGACCACCCGAUGGAACUGUAAUUGUUCAAUUUGAAAGUGUUUAUGGAAAAGAUGGUGUUGUGAUUGACACUGAGUUCAAGUUUAAGUUGUUACAAGAACUAUUUAGCGAAAACAUCAUUCAAAUCAGGAUUAUUGAAGAUGAGUGUCUGUUAUCUUUUAAAGAAGGAAAAGAUGCUUUAAAAGCAUUAGAGUACAAUAAUAAAGAGGUAAAAGACUGCAUUUUAAAAAUCCGUUUGAAAACACCGGACUGGUGUUCAAAUAUACGCAAAGCUUUAAAACUUUGUCAAAACAACACCAUUUCACUUGUAUCAAACAGUCCAUCAUCAAUCAGUGAAAACUCGCCAUUCCAUGAACUGCAAUCUAAAGAAGAUAAUCAAGAUGUUCAUACUGUUGUUGCAGAGCUGCACAAGGAAGUUUUAAAGUGUCUUGAUUCUAAGGAUGAAUCAAGGUUAUCUGUGUUUGAAGAUUAUGAAACAAAAUUGCAGUCAUCCUCUGGUCGUUGUUCUCCAUUUUAUGAAGGCCAUGAUGAGGUAAAAUCUUCACCUGCAAAAGUACCUCCCAGACCUCCACCACCAAGCAGAAGUGGCGUUCCUCAGAGGCCUCCCCCUCCACAAGAAAAAUCUCUCGUCUUAUUUAGUUCAGCCUAA